AUGCAUUACACACCCCGUGAGGUUGAGAAACUUGCCUUUUCUCAUGCCGGUUAUCUUGCUCAGAAGCGGCUGGCACAUGGAAGGAAGCUCAAUCAUCUAGAGUCUAGUGCUCUCAUUUCCAAUGUUCUCCAAGAGAUGCAGGUCGAAGGCACUUUUGAGACUGGAACUCAUUUGAUUACCAUCCAUAACCCCAUCAGUACUGACGAAGGAGACUUGAAGAUGGCUUUCUACGGAAGCUUCAUUCCAGUUCCCUCUGCAGAAUUAUUUCCUUCUGUCAACGAGGCGGACUUUCACCCUUUGGCGAUGCCAGGGGCUAUUGAACCAGCAGAGGCUGAAGACAUCAUUCUCAACGCGGGGCGUGACCGAGUCAUAAUCACUGUUACGAACAAAGGGACUCGAGCCGUUCAUGUCGGAUCUCACUUUCACUUCAUGGACACAAACCCUGAUCUCAACUUUGAUCGCGAAAAGGCCUACGGCUACCAUCUCGAUCUUCCAGCUGGAGAGUUUCUGCGUUUCGAGCCCAAUGAGCCGAAAUCCGUAACUCUAGUUCAAAUCGGAGGCUCAAAGGUCAUUCAAGGUGGGAGUGGCCUUGCCAAAGGUCCGGUCAACCGUCACAACGCCCAGAACAUCCUCCAGCAACUGCAACAGGCGGGUUAUCAGCACUCGCUUGAAGCAUCAGAGGAGCAAAGUCUUAUUCGACCGUGCUCAAUCAGUAGAAAAGCGUAUGCCUCUGCAUAUGGUCCUACAACAGGCGAUCUGAUCCGUCUUGGGUCUACUGACCUUUGGGCCAAAGUUGAGAAAGAUUACACAUUUUACGGCGACGAGUGCACAUUGGGAUGCGGCAAGACUAUUCGUGAUGGCAUGGGAGCCGCGAGCGGUUGUGCUGAUGCCGAUUGUCUCGACUUGGCUAUCGUCAACGCUGUCAUCAUUGAUUGGACUGGCAUUUUCAAGGCUGACAUUGGGAUCAAAGACGGCAUCAUUGUUGGCAUUGGAAAGGCUGGUAACCCAAGUGUAAUGGAUGGUGUUUCUGACAACAUGGUUAUUGGAUCAAACACGGACAUCAUUGACGCUGGUGGUAAAAUUGUUACCGCUGGUGGAGUCGAUACUCACGUCCAUAACAUUUGCCCGCAGCAGGCAUUCGAGGCGAUCUCAUCCGGUAUCACGACUCUCUUUGGAGGCGGUACCGGCCCAAGCACCUCGUCUACAGCUGUCAAUGGCACUGCGAGCAAAAAGUACAUUCGACAAAUGAUGCAAGCAUGCGAUCAGCUACCUGUCAACUUCGGACUCGUUGGAAAGGGAAGUGACUCCGAGAAGAUCGGACUCCUUGAUCAGAUCAACGCCGGUGUUAUUGCAUUGAAGCUACAUGAGGACUUUGGAUGUACACCCUCCACAAUUGAGAACUGUCUGAAUGUCUGCGAAGAACAGGACAUCCAAUGCCAUAUCCAUACCGAUGGUCUCAACGAAGCAGGCUUCCUUGAACACACAGCAGCAAUCUUCAAAGGCCGAAGCAUUCAUGUGUACCAUGUCGAAGGCGCAGGUGGCGGUCAUGCACCCGACGUCAUCAAGCUUGUCGCGUACCCAAAUGUACUCCCCAGCAGCACUUCCCCGACAAUGCCUUUCACUACAAACACGAUUGAAGAGCAUAUCGACAUGGCUGCUAAUUGUCACCGCCUCUCAAAGGACAAUCCCGAUGAUGCCUCAUUCCUUAAGAACCGUAUCCGAGAGGAAACCAUUUCAGCCGAGGACAUUCUUCAUGACAUUGGAGCGAUCAGCAUUAUGUCAUCGGAUUCUCAAGCUAUGGGUCGAUCAGCAGAGGUGUUGGUGUGCACUUGGCAGGCGGCUCAUAAGAACAAGCUCCAGCGCGGUGCUCUAGCAGAGGACAAGGACACUGGUGCAGACAACUUCCGUAUCAAGCGAUAUAUCAGCAAGUAUACCAUAAAUCCUGCCAUUACACAAGGAAUCAGUCAUACGGUUGGCAGUGUUGAAACGGGCAAAUUGGCCGACUUGGUCAUUUGGGACCCCGCUGAGUUUGGAACGAAGCCAUUCCAGGUUCUUAAGAAGGGGUUUAUUACUUAUGCGCAAAUGGGAGAUCCCAACGGAGCCGUCAUGUUUGUCUCUCAAGCAAGCGCUUCACAAGGUGGCGAUGUUCACUCGUACAAUCUCAAAAAGCAGAUUGAGGUCGUGAAGAACUGUCGAACGGUGAAGAAGAGUGAUCUCAAGUUUAACAGCGCUACACCCAACGUUGAUGUUGAUCCCGAGACUUUGGCUGUCACUUGCGAUGGAAUGGCACUCAAGUCUGAGCCGACUCCAUGUACUUUCGAAGGACGAUCAAGACGUACUACACGACAGAGCAAGACUACAUCCGUUUCUAGCAGUGCUCAUUCACCAGUUGUCCAUCAUACCUCUCACGAUGAUACAUUGGGCCUUGACAACUCCUUCGGAGUAUCUGACGAACAACACUCUGAUAGACCAACGAUCUUCGUGGCUACUCCUCCAGUCUUUACACCCGAGACCGAGAUCCCGUAUGAUCACGCACAAACACUUAGUAGUGUCGCCACCACAACUCAGUUGCAAUUUUCCAGGUCAGUGGAUGAUAUACAGGGACAGUCAUCAACCCUUCUAGGAUCAUCCUCCGAGGCAGAUCCCUGGCUGCUACGCCACUGCCGGUUCGAUGACUAUGGACUCAGAAGCUUCUAUGGUCUGCAGUUCCGAAAUAUUGGUGGAGUUCCAAACCGGCAGAAGAUUCCUGUACACUUUAUCGUGACCCCGAAGUUAACGAAUGAUGCAACGUUGGACAAAAUGAUGUCUUUAAGAUCCAGGCUUAACGGGCUCAUUUCAGUGUCCAUGGGCAUCAGGCUUGCCAAGCUCGCAGACAUAUGGAACAUUGUACAUGAAAGCCUGCAACAACAACUUCGUACCCCAGAUCUCAGUGUUUUGACGGCAGGCCUCAUGUGUCUCCAUGCAACGAUGAAUCACAGAUUCGCUACUACAACAGACACGUUCAAAUGGACUUGGCUAGGCACUCUGGUAGGGAUAGCACAGAAUCUGGGUCUGCAUCUUGAAACUCGUAUGUGCGCCAUUCCUGCUGAAGAGAAACAGAUGCGUGCCCGGUUGUGGUGGGCUUUAUACAUCGAGGACAGCUGGUUAUCAUUACUUAUGGGUCGUCCUCCAUACAUUUCUGACGAUGAGUGGGACGUUGGUGAACUGGAUGAUACUGAUUUUGCCAUUCCUACAAGUAUUCCAUGCACCAAUGUUGGACAUGCUGAGAUUACGAGGCCUUUCCGGGACAUGGCUCGUCUCUCGGUCAUUGCACACUCGGUGCAGUCUUCUUUAUAUUCAUUGAAGGCGUCACAGAAGCUGUCUGAGAAUCUGUCGCUCUCCAUCCAAACAGCGCAGCCCAUAUUUGAACAACUAAGCUCAUGGCGCGCUUCGGUACAAGUCCCAGAGGCAUCAAGAACAAGUAACAAUGGCAUGCUCAACGACAAUGAAUCAUAUCCGGCAGCAAUACUCAUCGCACACGCAACCUUGGUCACUCAUUCAGAACCUCCAUCAGUCUUCAUUGGCAUGGGCUACGAGCCUCUCAAGUCUAGUUAA